AUGCCAACUAUUAUGUUUUGCUAUUUGUGUUCCUUGAAUAAGCAAAAGCCUGACAGUAUGGUUUUGCAAAUGUUAAAUGCUCCUAGGUUUUAUUUAAGCAAGGAAUGCAUUUUCGUUCUAUGUUAUUUCAAUCCUCUUUUGCCUUCAAAUUCAACCUUGCAACUGUCACACAUUUUUCCUCUGCUAUCUUUAGUUAAACAUUUUAUUUUUAUCUACCAUUUUCAAUUGAAACGAUCUUUUUCAUUUCUCCCUAUCUGA